AUUCUGCAGUCUCGUAGUAUUUGGAUGUUGCUGAUGUUCACCUCUGCCAAGCCAUUGUGCUUCCCCUGUGUCUGCUCUACAAAGAUGCUAAUGAUGCCCUCUAAUAUGUAGUUGCUGAGUUAGAAGGAUUCAUGUGCAGGUAAAGUGCAUGUUUCUGUGCAUUUCUAUAGCUUGAGCUCAAUGGUUGUUUCCUUUGUCUCCAGCUCCAAAUGAGUGUACCUGCAGCGACGGCUCAGAAAUCAGACGGCAACAACAGUGAAAUGCAAUCAGCUGCAGUAGCUCCCUCCUUCAUCCCCAGCCAGUCGGGGAAGAUACCGGGCAGGAAGAGAGGGAGACCCCCGCUCCGCAAUGUCGCCAAGAUGGAUUUUCCAAACCGCUACCCCGAGUCGCUCCCUCCACUCAAAGUGCCAAAGAAGAGGGGGAGAAAGCCGGGCUUCAAGCUCAAACCCAGAAUGGUGAUGACACCAUUGGCAAUCUCUCCACCCAGCAGCACCCCUGAGCCCGAUAUGAGCUCCAUUCCUCAGGAUGCCGCCACCAUCCCCCACUCUGCCACGCCCCAGGUGCUUACAGUCUGUAUCUACAUCAACAAGCAGGCCAACACAGGCCCCAACCUGGACAGGAAGAAGAUCCAGCAGCUCCCUGAUCACUUCGGACCCGACAGGCCCUCUGUGGUGCUGCAGCAGGCCGUCCAAGGCUGCAUCGACAGCGCCUUCCUGCAGAAAACAGUGUUCACGCUCCUCACACAAGGCUACGGGGGAGAAAAAAUAUCAGCCACAUUCGAUGGGAAGCAGCACCUUCUCAGCCUCCCCGUAGUGAACAGCAUCGACUAUGUGCUCCGUUUUCUGAAGAAGCUCUGCCGCAGCUUGCACUGUGAAAACCUCUUCAGUGAUCAGCCCAUUACCCAGCACAGUGGUGGCUCCUACCAGUCAGAUGCUGAAACAUCUAUGGCCGACGACUACCAUUUAGACCAGUCCGAUGGCAAACGCUACUCCGUGGACCCCGGCGAUUCUGCUUUCAGCUCCAUAAGCUCGUCCUACUCGCCAAAGACCUCCUACGGCUUCCGUUCGUCGCAGCAGUUCUCCAACGGCUCGGCCUCCAUGAGCAUGUGCAGGCAGUCGUCUACCAGCCCGAACACGUUCCCAGAGAGCAACAGGACAGGAGGUUAUAAUGCAUCUCCAGAGUCCCAGGAGUCCAAGGCUCCACCCAAUAAAGACCCAUCCACCUGGUCUGUGGAAGAUGUUGUCUGGUUCAUCAGGGAUGCAGACCCCCACGCUCUCGGCCCUCAUGCAGACGUCUUUAGGAAACAUGAGAUUGAUGGAAACGCUUUGUUACUCCUAAAGAGCGACAUGAUCAUGAAGUACCUUGGACUGAAGCUGGGGCCGGCCUUGAAGCUUUGCUACCACAUCGACAAACUAAAGCAGACUAAGUUCUGAAAACCUUCUACGAUAUAUUUCC